CAGCUUGUAGAAAUUUGUAUUUUAUAUAUAUAUAUAUCAUCCCCUGGCGUCUAUUCCCAAAAAUGGCGGGAACUCUGGCAAUAGUACCGAACGAACGCGUGAAUGAGGCGGUGACCGCCAUUAGAGAGCAGUGGGAGAUCCAGUUCGCUCGCUUCUUCAGCUACCCUACUCUCUCCUCCACGUGUCCCGAUCUCGUGCCUCUUACUCGGAAAGUCCGAAACCGACGUCGACAAGGUACCUGGGUCUCUUCCUCCUCCUCCGCCGUUCUGCAGCUCGCGAACGACCUCUCCAGCUCCAAAGCCAUCCUCACCGUCUGUUUCAGAGGGAUGAAUCUCGAACAGCACUACGUGUCCAAGCUGCACUUCUCCUGGCCUCAUGUGUCAUGCCUAUCCGGAUAUCCUGCCAGGGGCAUCAGAGCAGUCUUUGUGAGCUACAAAGAUCAUGUAGGCGAGAUCCAGAAGUUUGCUUUGCGAUUUUCAACAAAUUAUGAAACAGAGAUAUUCAUAAAUGCUUUGAAGGAUAUCUUGAAGGAUCCGGGGGAUUUUGCACCUAUAAAUAGCAACGUUGGAUCUGAAAUUUUAUCACAAUCUGAGUUCAUGUCUUCUAAUGGACACCCUGAUAGAGCUUGUGAGGAGAACUUGAGUUUUAUGAAUACUGUCCAAGCUUAUACACCUCAAAUGUCACCAAGCUUUAACACUGAAGUUGAGCAACACUCGUCUGAGCAGGAAAAGGAAACUGUAGUUAGUCAUGAAUUUGAAGAAAUGGUUGCAGCAUUACCCCCCAGCUUCACAUCGUUGCUUACCAACUGUUACUCUGAGGUCACCCAAGGUGCAACCAAAUCAUCUGUUUGCGAGGAAGUUGAUCUCAAAUCCCAAAUCAUGAGAUACAUGGAAGAUUCUUCCUUCCAAGAUAUGCUGAUGAAAGUGGAGAAAGUUAUCAGCGAAAUGGGAGGUGAUUUGUCACUGUAGUUGAAUAUGGCUUUGCAUAUGACGUUUGGUGCAGAAUGCACAGCUCCCCAGCCAAGAGCUGGCGUUUGCCUCGUACAGGCUAAGGCCGCUAAACUCUUCAUCUGAAAAGGUUCCUUUUUCUUUUAAUUUUUUUUUUUUUUUUUCUUUUGAUGAUUUUUGAAGAUAUUUGUAGAUGACCAAAGUUGCUUGAAAGUUGGGUUUCACAGCCAA